AGAAAGAGAGAGUUGAAUGUCCUGGGCAGGAAAAAGUUGACAACGCGGUAUGAGGAUGUUGUGUUCUCCGCGAAAAGUAAAACUCACGAUCCGAUCUCGACGACACACGCGCUUUUUUUCGCAAUCGGCCAAGCUACAACAAAGCGUUCAACGACUUCUUCCUUGUCGUAUAAACAUCGUGCUCUCGCGAAAACAUCCUCGUUCCCGCGCUCGCUAUAAAAACUGCGAGCUGCGCCGAGACAAUUCAUCGCAGUCGUUCACUCUUUUCUUUCUUCAUCGGCAAGUGCAACAUCGGCGAAGAUGAACAACAAGCACCUGCUCGGCGCCGUCCUGUUGGGCAUGCUACUAGUGGCGCUGUUCGAUCUCGGCGAAGCUUGCAAGAAGUGCGGUGUGCCCAAUUGCAGUUGCAUUCCGAUGGGGAUGGGCUUAGGACAAGCUCAAGGCAUGGGGCAGGGAUUCGGAUUGGGAUGUGUUCACGGUCUUUCUUCCCUCUUGAAACCUCUUUGCAAGCCGUCACUUAUCUGCAAGCCGCAACUCUGCAAACCAUGUAUUUCCCACCAUGGCGGAUACGGUGGUAUGGACCAAACUCCGAGCUAUGGACAUGGCAUUGGGUGUACAUGCAGUGUCGGACCUGUAUAUGGACUUACGGCUGGCUAUGGGUACAGUGGAUACGGUUCUCAACAGCAAUACUACCCUACCUUACCGCCUUACUGCUACGGCCAUGGCUACCACCACAUGCGAAAACCCUGGUACAAGCCACGUUGCCGCUGCUUCUAGUCUGGCGUUCAACUACCAGUCAUUUGUACAAUAUUUUGCAAAACGUGCGAAUAAAAAACAACAAAUAAGUUACCCAAGACGUUUGUUCAUUGUCGAAACUGUAAACAUUGUAAAUAUUAUGAAAGC